AUGGACGCCUACCCCGAGGACUAUGUCAACCACAACCUGCCUCUAGUCCUACUCUCCGGAUUAGAGGCAGAUGAUACUGCGGCAGUCACUUCAGAUUACCCUCUUAUAGCCGAAAAAGGAAUCCAUAUCUUCUCAGACUUCCCCCCUCUAACUGGAGGGGUCGCCGAGGAGCUGCGGAGCUUGUUCCUCCAAGAAGAUGGCACCCACAUGCCAUGGAAGUCCAGAAUCAACGUCAGCGGAAAUACCGCAACCGCCAAUAUCGCGUAUCGGAUCAAAAGCUCGGGCCGGUCAUGCAGACUCCCACCUCGAAAAGCGGACCCUCCCAUCCCCUCACCUCCAGCGAGCCCAGGCGAUCCAGACAAAGGGCCCUCCGAUCCAACUACUCACUAUGUCUUACACUCUCCCAUAUCUCCAUUGACCCCGGGCUCCCCGACCUUCCCAGAUGGAUUGCUUACCCCUCUAUGGGCUACCAAACACCAGGACUUGGUACCGGCAGCGGUGCUCAACUUCUUCCCCUUCUCGCUGGACCCGAAUAUGAACUCUCUCCGAGAUAACCAGCUUAAAAUCGAGAUCAACAGCCUGAAGAAAGAAUGGCAAUCAUCCGGAUACAAGACGCGAUUCGUGGUGGUUCUGAUCUCGGAAGACGGAGAAGACGGCGGGUACGAGGGCGAGAUCGAUGAUCGGAUUGCAGGCAUCCGACGAGCAACGAACCUUGACCCUAAAUCCAUCUUUGUGAUCCCACCCGACGCGACUUCAUCGGAACUACAAGACUUCGUCAAAUCAUUGUUCUCACUCCUGCAACCGUUGGUUGUCGAGUAUUACCGGGAUCUGUCCAAACAUGCCAGGCGCAAAAGGAACAGAGGAAACAUCCCCCCGCCGACAGCACCGCCAACCACGGGGACGUCUCAGACUUUAUCAUCGCAAGGGUGGAACGUGCGGUACGAAUUUAAACUUGGUGUUUUCGCCGAGUUCCGCCAAGAGAUGGACGCAGCAUGUCGCAACUAUGAGAGUGCAUACGACACUCUGUUUGGACACGAGGUGUUUGAGAUAAUUGCCGGGUGGAACCCACGGUUCAACGAUGCACGUCUUCUAGCCGACGCUCUCGCGAUUAGAAUCAUGCGAUGUCUUCUGUGGGCGGGCCAGACCACUGCUGCAGCGCGGCUCUGGGCAGACCACAGAAUCCGUGUACGCGACAUCGUCAAUCGCAGGGGCAAGGGCAGCAAGCACUAUGGCUGGGAGGCAUGGGAGGCGGGAUGGUCGAUGGUCAUGGCUCAACUCAUCCGCCGAGCAGAAAUCCCAUCAAUUUCCACCGAAGGCUCUGCCGAAGAUCAAAGGGAGCUAUACACGCUACCUGAAAAGUCUAUCCCCACUGGGGAGCGUGUCAAGCCUUGGGAGCAUCUUCAUCACGAGGGAUACUGGCUACAUCGCUCAGCAAAACACACCAUGAUUCGACGGGCACUUGCUAACGAGAUACCCGCCGAAGACCGCAUGCCACCCAAGCAAUCACCCACAUCGCAACUGGCCAACAAAUCCCACCUGUAUGAUACAUACCUUGUCCCUGACACUCAUGACGAAGCACCACAAGAAGGUCGAACUGGUUUCGAUCAUUCUACUUUGAUUUUGAGUACUCUGAAAGCUGCUAUUGUGGAAUUCGAGAAACGUCAUCAGACACGGAAAGUUGAGAGCCUGAGUCUUGAGGCGGCCGAGGAAUAUAUGCGUGUUGGCGCGUGGGCUGAGGCGCAUGCCAUUCUUAAACCGAUUUGGCCGACGCUUAGUUGGCGUAGAUCUGGGUGGUGGCAUUUGAUGCUUAACUUUGGAUGGGCUCUCAGGGAAUGUUCUCUCAGGGUGCAAGAUAGCGAGACUGUUUUGCGCGUGGACUGGGAACUCCUUAAUAAGACUUUUAAACCACGGCCUGGCUGGCACUACGACAUUCACAGGAGUCUUGAGGGCCUACCUUCCGAAAAACCAAAGCCUUCUCUUAUUCUGCGCGCAGAGGAUGUUAUGACGAGCUUGAACGCGUCCUUGGUCUUUGAGAAAUCAAAUGGCAAUGUUGGCGAGCCACUACAGGCUCAACUUGCCAUCACUUCUUCUGCCAACAUGACUUCGGCUCCAAUCCGCCUGUGUGAGGUCAAACUAGUGUUUGAGGGAUGUCUCCGACCGGUCAAACUUCGAUCUGACCACAACAAAGACGCAGACAUCGCUACCUCCUGCUGUCUUUCGACCAUUCCUCUGCGUGAGCCGAGCAGCCCAGUCGAUGGCGCGCUCCAAUCUCCCACUGGCGCACUGGCCACUUUGGUCGGGAUAGCAGACCUUACAUUGGGGCCCUCCCAAACCAAGGUUUUCAACCUGACCUGCAUUCCCCGCGAAGCUGGUGAAGCCCGGGUGGCUUCGAUCACCAUGCUGAUCGAGGAAGAGCAAUUCGAUCUUGGCUAUGCAAUCACAGAACCCGAACAGCGCGAGUCGUUCUGGUGGCAAGAAUCACAGAAGGGCAUUUCUCGUAGAAGGGUCGGAAAAGAUCGCGAUACUGGCAGGUGCAAGGUCAUGCCAAAGCCCCCUAAAAUCCGUCUUUCGACCCCGAAUUUGAAGGAAACUUACUACAACAAUGAACGCGUGACUCUGCAAAUCGGCGUCCACAAUGAUGAAGACGAAGCUGCCGAAGUGACCACUGAAAUCAGACUAUUUGGUCCUGAACCCACUGCCCAAAUUCAUUGGCUCGAUGGUCUUGACGCUGAACCGCUCGACUCGGGUGUUAGCACGCCGACCGAGGGACCAUCACAUUUCUUGAAGCGAUCGAUAGGAGUCAUGGAGCGCGCCUCUGAGAAGACUCUGGAAAUUAUACUUGACAACACUGAGGAAUCGACUGAGUUCACAUUGGAGGUCUCCGCAGUAUAUCAUUUGGUGUCUGAUAUACAGACUCCGAUAAUGAAGAACAUUACCGUGGAAAUGGCUUUCAUUCGACCCUUUGAAGCAAACUACGAAUUCCUCCCAGCCAUUCACCCUCAGCCAUGGCCUAAUUUCUUCGCCGUCGACGAGGCCUUGCUCGAUGGAUCUACACCGGGAGGCUUGUUCCAAAGAUGGUCUCUCAAUUCGAAAGUUGUUUCGUUUGCACUGGAGCCUUUAAUUAUCGACAAUAUGUCAUUAGUCCUCCUCGAAGCCAACGGAGGUGCUAUCUGCAAUGUCGGUCCGGAAGAGCUUGUCAGCCCAGAAACAUCCCUCCUGUCGCCGGAAGAGCUGAGGGAAUCAAACUUCUCCCUCGAUGUCCAGAAAGCACUGCUCGGCGAUCGUCGACCAACAGCACUCAGUUGCGCACUGGAAAUCAACUGGCACCGCCAAGCCGAGUCCGCCGAUAACACCACUACCACCAUUCUUGACAUCCCCCGCUUUGUCGCACCUAUGGGUGAGCCCCGCGUCCUUGCUUCGGCAACUGCAUCUACAACCAUGGCCGGGCUUGUUCACAUGGAAUACGUGAUCGAGAACUCAUCCACUCACUUCCUCACGUUCAACUUGCUCAUGGAAGCUAGCGAACAUUUCGCUUUCAGCGGUCCCAAGACGACGGCUGUGCAGGUCAUGCCACUGAGUCGACACACCGUGCAGUAUAACCUCUUUGCCGCAAAGCGCGGCCUGUGGAUCCAACCACAGCUGGUGGUUAUCGAUACCUAUUUCAACAAGAACCUGCGCGUUCUUCCAACGGGCGACAUGCGAUCUGACAAGAAGGGGGUGUUGGUCUGGAUUGAUGCAGAAGAUUGA